UAUAACUCACACACUCUCCUCUUAAGCUCUAGUAGUUAAUUAACUAGUAUUUGCAACAUAUAACUAGCUAUUACUACAAGAGUUUAAUUAAAAUGGCUUCUAAAACCUCUUCCUCCCUUGCUAUUUUCCUCACAAUCAACAUUCUCUUCUUUACACUCGUCUCUUCUUGCGGGACAUGCGGCUCUGGCCCAUACCCAAACCCUAACCCAAAGCCAAAACACACGCCAAGCCCAAAACAUUCCGGUGGCUCGAGCCAUUCAGGUGGAGGAUCAAGCCAUUCAGGCGGGGGAUCUAGCCCUUCUGGAGGCUCAACCCCCUCUGGAGGCUACACUCCACCUGGUGGCUCCACCCCUUCAGGCGGCAGUGGAACCGUCACAUGCCCACGCGAUGCACUGAAACUCGGUGUAUGUGCCAAUGUUUUAAAUGGAUUGUUGAAUGUAACUUUGGGCCAGCCACCAGUGACACCAUGUUGCUCACUCCUAAAUGGACUUGUUGAUCUUGAGGCUGCAGUGUGUCUUUGCACUGCCCUUAGAGCUAACAUUUUGGGGAUAAAUCUUAACCUUCCUAUCUCACUUAGCUUACUUCUCAAUAUUUGCUCAAGGGAAGCACCACGUGAUUUCCAAUGCUCCUAAAUAAUUCAUCAUGCACGGUGUGUGAUCAUAUAUCAACGUAUCUACUUUAAUUUACUUCAAAUUUCUUGUGGCUUAAUUAUUUUUCGUUAUUUUCCAAAUUAAUAUUUGAUCUCUCAUUUUGAGAGAUUCUUGAUUGUAAAAGUGCAUGGAUGAUUAACCUCUUGUUAUAUUAUUCCUUGGAUUUUAGUGUUUGUUUUUAUCUGUUAUUGUCAUGAUAAAUGUAUUCCCGAUACAAUUUGCUAGGGAAAUUAAAAAUGAUGAAUAAUUAACUAGUGUUAUUUUUUUCUUUCUGUUGAUCA